UUCCGGUUUGUGUGCCUCAGAGCCGGAUGUUGAUUCGGGUUUCACAAUCUCAAGUAUGGCGGCGUCGGAAGAACUGACGUAUUUCGUUGUAAACAACAUCCCCGCUCGGUUCCGAUCCGCGGAGCUGAGGAACUAUUUCAGUCAGUUUAUCGAGAGCAAAGCAUUCGCGUGCUUUCAUUACCGCCAUCGGCCGGAGCUUCGAGUGUUUUCCGGUUUUACCGCCGUAAACACCGGAUCUAGCGCCUCUGAGGGGAAAGCCGAGGGCUCGUGUUGUUGUGUGGUGUCGGUUCGUUCUCGGGAGUCAGACAGAUUCGUGAAGAUGUAUUCUGGGAACCACUGGAUCGACUCUAAAGGAAACUGGCUGAGAAGAAAGUGUUUGAUCCGGAGAGUCAGAGUAUCGGAGCAAGCUGAGCAUAAUUCGUUCCCGUACAAGACGAAGGCCGAGAUGAGACGACAUGUUGCCCAAUCAGAGCAUUUCACGCUGUCGGACCUCAAGGGCCUGUCGGAGCUCAAUCCUCCUGCACUCAUGCCGGCGGGGAAUGUGGGGACCCCUGUGACUGUUUUCCUGGAGCUCAUCCAGUCCUGCCGUCUUCCGCCGAGGCUCAUCCGCAAACUGGGGCUCACGUUCCCUAAGACGGGCUCGAGUCGGCGCUACGGGAAUGUGCCCUAUCUGUAUCACAACACGGCCGUCGUGAACCUCGCGGUGGAGAGCGUCUUCACCGCCGGAGGAGUCGAGAUCUCAGGGCCCGGCCGCCUGGACACGCCCACAAACAAACAGACAGUAGAUAAGGACACGCCCACAACCUCAAAGAGGGUAGAUGUUGACACGCCCACAAACUCACUGACGGCAGAUAAGGUCCCGCCCACAACCUCAAAAAGGGUAGAUAUUGACACGCCCACAAACUCACUGACGGCAGAUAAGGACACGCCCACAACCUCAAAAAGGGUAGAUGUUGACACGCCCACAACCUCAUGGAUGGCAGAUAAGGACACGCCCACAACCUCAAAGAGGGUAGAUGUUGACACGCCCACAACCUCAUGGAUGGCAGAUAAGGACACGCCCACAACCUCAAAGAGAGUAGAUAUUGACAUGCCCACAAACUCACAGAGCGUAUGUAAGGACACGCCCACAAACCCACAGACAGAUGAAGAGGACACGCCCACAAAUUUACUAGCAGACGAAGAGGACCCCACCAUUUUUCCACCUGUCAAUCAAGAGUCACAGGAAACAGGAAGUGAAGAGGAGCUGUCCGGCCCUGAUGAUGACGAUGACCGCUGCGAGGAGUGGGAGCGUCACGAGGCCCUCCACGAGGACGUCACCAGUCAGGAGCGCACUAAAGAGAGGCUGUUCGAGGAGGAGAUCGAGCUCAAGUGGGAGAAGGGCGGCUCGGGCCUCGUCUUCUACACGGACGCUCAGUUCUGGCAGGAGGACGAAGGAGAUUUCGAUGAGCAAACCGCAGACGACUGGGACGUGGAUAUGAGCAUCUACUAUGACGAAGACGGAGGUGAUAUGGACGCCAGAGAUUAUGUGCGAAUGCGCUCCGAGAGGAGGCUGCGGGACGGUCUGGACGGUCUGCCUGGACGCCGGCAGAAGAUCGGCAGCUUCGAGCGCUUUACUAAGGGAGUGGGCCGGCGUGUGAUGGAGAAGCAGGGCUGGAGAGACGGAGAAGGGCUGGGGAACAGCCGGAGGGGAAUGCCUGAGGCGCUGGAGAACGAAGGCCAGCAUCCCAACUGUAAGAGAGGCUUCGGGUAUCAUGGAGAAAAGCUCAGUUCGUUCCUUCCCCGUAAGAAACCCAGAAAAGACUUCCACAUCUCCACAGUUUACGAUGAACCUAAAGACAUUGAUAAAGGCGAUGAAGUUCUGCGGCGUCAGCCCAACACCAGCAUGAAGUACAGGGGCCGACAGCCAGGGGCCAGCAGCCAGGGGCCAGCACUGAGCCAAACACAUGACCACUGACCACUAUUGUCUAUUUAUUAUGACUAUUUUUAGACCGAGCUGUACGUUGUUGUUUAACUUUUGUAUUAAAGGUUUUCAACAGAACAAAA